AUGAAAGCACCAAUCAAAGUAACUGUUCCUUCUCCAGAAGAUUUAGACAUUAAUGAAUUUUUGCCAAAGAGUAAAACGAGCAAAAAAACACCCAACUCGUAUUUCAUAUAUCGAAAAGUCUACGUUGAAGAAUUACAAAAACUUGGACUUAAAUCUAAAAUGAUUCGUGUCUCUUCGUGGAGUGGAUUUGCUUGGAAAGAAGAAUCUCAUAAUGUAAAAUUAGCAUACGUUCAAUUCGCAAAUGAAUUAUCGAAACUUUAUGAAAAUCAAUUAAAAGAGGAAAGAGAACGUAAACGAAAUGAGCCAAUCGAAAUAAUCGAAUUUAAACCUGAAUCUAUAAAUAACAAUGAAGAAGAAACAACAGAAACGAUAACAGAAACAACGUUGAAUCAAUCCUCUCAAGAUAUUCCUUCGAUAAACGACCAAACAAAUAUUACAACGACAACUUCUAUAGGCAUAGAAACAACAAUAUCCCAUCCCGUCUAUGAAACAGCAGCCAUAAUAGCCCCUUAUGAUGCUCAAAUAUUUUCUCCAAAUGAGACUCCUGCAGAGGCAGACAAUCCUUUGGAAUUAGUCGAUCUUUGUAAUACUUUAUCUAUCAAUAAUUUUACAUUUGAUCCACAAUCAGUUCAAACUUUGCAAUACGAACAGAAUUUGAACGUUUAUUACGACCCAUUUCUCUUUUAA